AUGAAAAUGGAGAAGUGUGACCUCCAAGUUCUCACAGUAGGGGAAGGAUCAGAGGCAGCAAGAAAAACCCCUCACGUUCUCCAGCCUGGAAGCAUCAGAGAAUUCCUGGAAAGGACAUCAGGAGAUCUGAUGCAUCAGCAAGCAGGGAAAGGAUCCCUUUCCCAUGCACACUGGGAUGCCCAGUGGCAGGAGUUUCUCAGGAUAGUGGAAAACCCUCACUCUGGAUGGGGAAUCCCACACUUACCAGAGAAACCGUCACACUGGGAGGACGCCAAGGCCUUUCUGGCCUCCUUUGAGCAAGUGGCUGAAGCCUGUCAGUGGCCCCAGGAAGAGUGGGUGACCCGAAUCCUGCCAGCCCUCAGUGGAGAAGCUGAGAAGGCCUUUAAAGGACUGGGUGUCAGAGACAGGGAGGAUUAUGGGAAGGUGAAGGCAGCCAUCUUGCGAGGGGAUGCCUUGAGCCGAGAGAAGCAGCGUCAGCAGUUCAGGCGUUUCUGCUACCAGGAGGCCGAGGGGCCAAGAGGGGCCUACAGCCAAUUGCGGGAAAUGUGCCGCGGGUGGCUGAGAGUGGAGAAUCACAGCAAGGAGCAGAUCCUGGAGCUCUUGAUCCUGGAGCAGCUGCUGAGCGUCCUGCCAUUAGAGAUCCAGAGCCGAGUGAGAGAGAGCAGCCCUGAGAGCUGUUCCCAGGUGGUGGCCCUGGCAGAGGAGUUCCUCUCAAGGCAGGAGAAGCAGGUGCCCUUGGAGGAGGCAUCCAGGAGCGUCUCCCAGGCAGGCCGGGAUCCGUGUGACAGUGAGCAGAUGCAGUUUUGUGUGGAAACCAAAGAGGAGGAGGAUGGAGAUGCCAACCUGUUGGCAGGGGAUGCAGAUGAUUUUGGAGAACAACAUCAAUUAUCAGAAAAAGCCAAGAAUGAAGAUCUGAACGGCAGCUUCAGGGAUCGAGAUGGACCACAGAGGGAGGAGGGAAGCUACAUGGUGGAGAGGAGGGAUGAACUAAUUCUUUGCCAAGUAGGGGAGUUCCAGGAAUUUCCAGUCCAGCAAGAAAAGCCGACCCAGGAUAGGAAGAACAAAUUCCUUAAUGGACACUUGGGAAGCCCCAAAGGAGAGAAGUUGAAUAAAAACAUGAAGUUAGGGAAGAGCUUUGGUCACAUCACAAAUGUUUCUGCAUCAUCGACACUCCACACAGGGGAGAUACUGUACAACUGCUCUGACUGUAGCAAAAGCUUUAAGAUAAAAUCUAAUUUCCUGAAACAUAAGGCAAUGCAUGCCAAGGUGAAGCCAUACAGAUGUUCUGAGUGUGGGAAGAGCUUUGGACAGAGCGCAGGCCUGAUUUCUCACGAACGGAUUCACACGGGAGAGAAGCCGUACAGAUGCUCGGAGUGCGGGAAGAGAUUCAGUCACAAACUGAGCCUCAAUAUCCACGAGAGAGUUCACACGGGGGAGAGACCAUAUCAGUGCUCGGAAUGUAGCAAGAGCUUUUGUGACAAAUCAAAUCUCACCAAGCACAAGAGGAUCCAUACGGGGGAGAAACCCUACCAGUGCCCAGAGUGUGGGAAGAGCUUCAAUCGGAGCACAGCCCUCACUUCGCAUCAGAGGAUCCACACACAAGAGAAGCCGUACGAAUGCCCCGAGUGUGGAAGGAGUUUCAGUCAGCGUGCAACCCUUAUUUCACACCACAGAAUUCAUAUGAUGGAAAAUUCCCACACCAGCCUCCCAGUACAAUUAGGUAAUCAAACUGGGUUCUGGCCUUCUGAUGCGCAGAGGGCAGUUACAUGAAGAAGGGCCUUUGUAGUGACUGCCCCUUUGCUGCAGACC